CCCAGAGUGACCCUUGGAGACCAGUCAGUCUAUGAAGCCCAGGUCGUGGGGUACGACGAGGACAAGGACGUGGCCGUUCUGCACAUUGACGUGGAGAACGAGGACCUCCGGCCGCUCUCCGUUGGGAGCUCGGGCGACCUCCUAGUCGGACAAAAGGUGUACGCCAUUGGGAAUCCGUUCGGUCUGGACCAUACGCUGACCACUGGGGUAAUCAGCGGCCUGCGGAGAGAGAUCAGCUCUGCUGCCACGGGGCGACCCAUUCAGGACGUCAUUCAAACGGACGCCGCCAUUAAUCCGGGCAACAGCGGGGGCCCCUUACUAGACAGCAGUGGCAACCUGAUUGGAAUCAACACCGCCAUUUAUUCCCCAUCCGGGGCGUCGUCCGGUGUCGGGUUUGCGAUUCCGGCUGACACGGUGAGCGGCAUCGUGGACCAGAUCGUGCGGUUCGGCAAGGUGACGCGGCCGGUGCUGGGCAUCUCGUUUGCGCCGGAGCAGGCCGUCGAGCAGCUCGGGGUGCAGGGAGUGCUCGUGCUGGACGCGCCGCGGGGAGGGCCCGCGGGAAAAGCGGGACUGCGGCCAACGACUCGGGAUGACUACGGUCGCCUCGUGCUAGGAGACGUGAUCACGUCAAUCAACGGACAGAGAGUGAAGAACGGAAGCGACUUGUAUAAGAUACUGGACCGGUGUAAAGUGGGCGAUGAGGUGACUGUCGAGGUACUGCGGGGCAAUUCCUCAGUCAAGGUGCCCAUUAUUCUGGAGGCCAAGGACUAAAUUUCCGACUCACCUAUUUCUUGCGCCCCGCACCAGCGGCAAGGAGGCUUGCCUCGCCCCCUUCAUACAUGUUGCAGAUUAUAGAAGUCCGCAGGUCUACCCACGGUAUUUCGAGAAUGAACAUAGGCUGAGGUGCUGAUGUCGCCCCACUGAAAGAGUUUCCGCUGCAUCCGUAAAGGCCAAUCCAUGACUUGGCCCUUUGGGUUUAGAAUCGAGUUGCUCAAGUUUUAAUACAGAGACGUGGGCUAAAUCAGCUGCAGACCAGAAUCUGAUCACCCUUCACCCUCGAGCCUACAUUGAAAAUAGCUUAUUGUGGGUUUCACUGUCCAGCGAUCAUACAUGCAAG